UUCCUUCGAGAUAUCUCUCCUGUUACUGGGAAGUACUGCCACAGUGCAGUAGAAACCCAGUAUACUGUAACUAAGUAUCUUUGUUUUACUCACAAAUAAUUUCAAGGCUAAAACCUUUAGAAGAAUGUAGAAUGUACUUACUACUUUUGAAAUUGAAGAAAUUGUGUAUUUAAUUUUCGUUCAAUGGGCAAAAAGACUUAGCGGACGCAAAAUAGUAUAUUUUUUUUAUAUUGUCUAUCCGGAGUUUAAUUUCUGGGUUCACUCUGGUUCUGUGGUUCUUCGUCCGUUAGUGGAAUUAAGUAAUAAAUGAGCAGUGUUCAUUACAAAUUAAUGUAAAGUUGUCUUCUUCUACAGCAAAAUACAGCGCAAAUUCGGUAACAUGAGAUGUGGAAAAUAUGUGGCACUCUUAAAUAAGUAAUUUCUUCAAAAUCUUAAGCGCUUCCUAAACAAUUAAGAAGAAUCAAAACUUCAUAUAGUCGUACAAUAGCAUAUAUGAUACAAUUACGUAAAUUCACGAGUAAGCACAUAUAUAUUCUUGAACAAGGAUUGUUAACAAGAGAACAGGAAUUUUGUGUCAAAUUUCACAAACUGAGUUUAACUGAAGUGUUCUUAGAAAUCAACCCUUGCCUAUGUCGCAAAUUAGACCAGUCUUAUGCACAAUAUAUAUUAAUAUUUUUUUCAUCAUAAUCUCGAGUAUAGUUGCAGAAGGCACUGAAAGCUAGUGUGAAGUAUCUGAGAACUACUUUGAGUACGAUUUCCGUUAACCAACCCAUUUUACAUCCAUGCAGAACAUAAGCAUCAUCUUGAGGUAUGUAGCAAGUUCUAUGAUGUCAAAAACGUAACUAUAUUUUGAAAAAAUUUCAUGUCUAGGGAUAUGUAACCAAUUAUUUGGAAAAAAUUUAAUGUUUUGAAAGAGCUUAUGGGUACCCAGACAGAGGAAAAACCUGACGUGUGCGUGGAUUGUGAUCAGUCAUUCACACUUAAGCAUAAUUUAGGGAGGCAUAUGCUUGUUCAUUCAAGAGAGAAACUUCAUGUGUGUGAAGUAUGCAAGAAAUUGUUUAGUCGGAAGAGUCAUUUAAAUAAUCAUAUGCUUAUUCAUACAGGAGAGAAACCUCAUGUCUGUGAAGUAUGUAAGAAGUCAUUUAGUCAAAAGGGUAGUUUAUAUAUUCAUAUGCUUAUUCACACAGGAGAGAAAUCUAAUGUGUGUGAAAUAUGCAAGAAGUCGUUUAGUCAAAGGAGUUCUUUACACAAGCAUAUGCUUAUUCACACAAGAGAAAAAUCUCAUGCAUGUGAAGUAUGUAAAAGGUCAUAUAGUCUGAAGUGUAGUUUGAAAAAGCACAUGCUUAUUCAUACAGGAGAGAAACCACAUAUAUGUGAAAUAUGUAAGAUGCGAUUUCGUCAUAAGGGUAGUUUAAAUGAUCAUCUGCUUAUUCACACAGGAGAGAAACCUCACGUAUGUAACGUAUGUGAGAAGUCAUUUAAUCGAAAGGGUUAUUUAAAGAAGCAUAUGCUUAUUCACACAGGAGAGAAACCAUAUAUGUGUGAAAUAUGUAAGAUGCCAUUUCGUUUUAAGAGUAUUUUAAAUGAACAUAUGCUUAUUCACACAAUUGAGAAACCUCAUGUGUGUGAGGUAUGUCAGAAAAAAUUUAAGGUAAAGCGUAGUUUAAAUAUACAUAUGCUUAUUCAUACAGGAGAGAAACAUCAUAAGUGUGAAGUAUGUACAAAAUCAUUUAAGGAAAAGAGUGCUUUAAACAAACAUAUUCUUGUUCACACAGGAGAGAAACCACAUAAGUGUGAAAUAUGCAAGACAUUAUUUAGUCGUAAGGAUAGUUUAAAAGAGCAUAUGCUUAUUCACUCAGGAGAGAAACCUCAUGAGUGUGAAAUAUGUCAGAAAAAGUUUAAUGUAAAGCAUAGGUUAAAGAUGCAUAUGCUUGUUCAUACUGGAGAGAAACCUCAUAAGUGUGAAGACUGUGAGAAGUCAUUUAGUGAAAAGGGUUAUUUAAAAAAACAUGCGCUUGUUCACAGAGGAGAGAAGCCUCAUAAGUGUGAAGUAUGUAAGAAGUCAUUUAGUCAAAAGAGUUAUUUAAACAUACAUAUGCGUAGUCACACAGGAGAGAAACCUCAUAAAUGUGAAGUAUGUAUGAAGUCAUUUUCUGAAAAGCGUUGCUUAAACAGCCAUAUGUUUAUUCACACCCAAGAGAAACCUCAUGUGUGUGAAGUAUGUAAAAAGUCAUAUAAGCAAAAGCGUUUUUUGUGGGAGCAUAUGCGUAUUCACACUGGGGAGAAACCUCAUAUGUGUGAAAUAUGUAAUAAGUCAUUUUGUCGAAAGACUCAUUUAAAUAAACAUAUGCGUAUUCACACAGGAGAGAAACCUCAUAAAUGUGAAGUAUGUACGAAGUCAUUUUCUGAAAAGUAUUAUUUAAAUAGCCAUAUGUUUAUUCACACCCAAGAGAAACCUCAUGUAUGUGAAGUAUGUAAGAAGUCAUAUAAGCAAAAGCGUGUUUUGUGGGAGCAUAUGCGUAUUCACGCGGAGAAGAAACCUCAUAUGUGUGAAAUAUGUAAUAAGUCAUUUUGUCGAAAGAAUCAGUUAAAUAAACAUGUGCUCAAUCACACUAAAGAGUAGACUGAUCUGUAUAAAGUGUGUUAGAAGUCAUAUAAGCAAGAGCGUGUUUUGUGGGAGCAUAUGCGUAUUCACGCCGAGAAGAAACCUCAUAUGUGUGAAAUAUGUAAUAAGUCAUUUUGUCGAAAGAAUCAGAUAAAUAAACAUGUGCUCAAUCACGCUAAAGAGUAGACUGAU